UUGCAGCCUACUCUUAUCCUCGUACACUUCCUCUUUGUAAAUUCCCUAACUUGACUCAAGUGAUAGAAGGGACUUUAUGUCAGCGUAGAGAAUACCUAUUUCCCAGGAAACCCCUGUAUAGCUAUGGGGAAAGUCCAGAGCGAAGUAGCUGCCUAGUUGUGUGACUUACCUCUGCCAGCACACUGCUGGACUACACAGAAGCAGCGACACGUAUUUUUGUGAACCUUCACAUUGACUGUAAUCAAGACUAGAAUGUCAUCUCCAAGAUUUUUUAUCGCAGCCCGGGACUUUUCAUCACUUCUCCAGUCUUCUGAUGGCACACCUGAGAGAGUAGAGAGAGGGAGCCUGUUAACAUUAACCGGAAAUCCGCCUUCUAAUCCCAACAGGAAGGACAGUGCCCUUCAUCAUCCAGAGACACUUUGGCUUAGGGUUCAUGAAUCCAAAAAGUUGGUUGGUGUAAGCUCCGAGUCAGUACAUGAAGUUGAAAAGUUGAUUUGGAGUAUGUUAUUGGCAGUUACUGAUGCAGAAGAGCGUCUAGUCUUUUAUCGGGAACGCAGUAGGUUGAAGGAAGUUAUGAACCUCGGCACUGGAGACUACGUACGUGUUCAGGUUAUUUCAUCCAGUGGACGCAAGGAGAGGGGUGUUUUGCGGUACAAAGGAUCUGUCAAUCACAAAGAAGAAAUUCUUUUUGGAGUGCAGCUAUUGGGAUCUGCAGAGGGAAAGGGCUUCACCGAUGGCUCAUUCCGUGGACACAGGUUUUUCCACUGUAAUGAGAAUUGCGGAGUCUUUGUUCCAGGAAGUAGGCUGGAGCGGGAUUUGGGAAAACACCAAGUUCGGAAACAGAGUGACAUGGAUGACAAGCCUUCAGGAGAGCAAGACGAAUUAGUGCACAGACCCAGGAACCACCAGAAACCACUGACAUUUUUGCCACGGGGAGUUAAGCACCCGAGCCCACCAAGAGCUGUGGAGAAAAGCCGGGAGGUUCAGAGAGCUGAUGAGAAAGACAGAGAAGGACCAAAAGCCAGCGAGAAUAAGCAUGAGGCUCCAAGAGUUGUUGAGAAAGACAGAGAGAUGCCUAAGGGUGCAAUGCCACCGGAUGAAGAACGAAAAAGGAAGCGAUCUGCUCCAGAGGAGAACACAUUACAUGCUGAAGAGGAUGAACCACAACCAUUGAACAAUCCUCUUGAAGUGGAAGACCAAGUAUGUAACCAUCCGACAGAAGACCACCACCCCCCAUCCAGUCUGUACCAUCCUCCUGGAAAUGGCAGCCUGUUGUCUGAACCAGAAUCUAUAAGACAUGGUUUGGAACUCAAUUCUAUGGUUGAGGUGAACGAUCCUCCCAUAUAUGGAGUGAUCCGAUGGAUAGGACACACCCCUGACUCUCCCGGGACCAUUGCUGGCCUUGAAAUGGAGGACGAGCUCCCCUCUGCCUACACUGAUGGAAUUUACAGAGGAGUAAGAUAUUUUUUCUGUGGACCCAACAAAGCCUUGUUUGUGAAACUGCGAAACUGCCGCCCAGACUCUCGUUUUUAUUCAUUGCAUGAUCCAACCAAUCCGAUUCUGAGAUGUAACUCUAUUGCAUUCCAAGAGUACAGUAGCGAAUGUGUUGAGGAGAACACGCCACCUGCAGCAGACAAAGAAGGAUUAGAGCGUAUGAUUGGCUGGAAAAAGGGGAUACAAGGACAUUGCAACUCCUGUUAUUUGGAUGCAACAUUAUUCUGUAUGUUUGCAUGCUCCUCGGUAAUGGAUACCAUGCUGCAUCGUCCUCCAGAUAAGAAUGAUAAUGAUUCAUAUGUUGAUACCCGAGACUUGCUGCGCACUGAGAUAGUUAACCCUUUACGGAAGAAUGGCUAUGUAUGUGCCACUAAAAUAAUGGCCUUAAGGAAGAUUUUGGAGGCUGCAGGGAAGAGCACAGGCUUCACCAAUGAAGAAAAAGAUCCUGAGGAGUUUCUAAAUCAGUUAUUCCAGGUUCUCAGGGUAGAGCCGCUCUUUUAUAUUCGGACACCCAAGAAGGAGCCACAGGGUUGUAUAUUUUAUCAGAUCUUCAUGGAGAAGAGGCAGUCAGUGGAUGUGCCAUCAGUGCAGCAGUUGCUAGAGUGGUCCAUGGUUCAUGGUGAUCUCAAGUUUACGGAGGUUCCAUCUUGCCUCAUCAUUCAGAUGCCCAGAGAUGGAAAGAACAAGAUGUUUCCAAAAAUUAUUCCAACUCUCCAAUUGGACAUCACUGAUCUCCUUGAAGAUGCCCCAAGGCAAUGCUGUAUUUGUCAGUCCCUGGCAGUAGUGGAGUGUCUGGACUGUUAUGAGGACACAGGGAUCACGCCAGGUCACAUAAAACAAUACUGUGCAAUCUGCAGUAGACAGGUUCAUCUUCACAAGAAGCGCUGCAGCCAUCAUCCCAGGGAACUGUGUUUGCCUAAAAAUCUGAAUGAACAGGCUGUGUUCCAGAGACAGUAUUUGCAGCUCUUUGCUGUCUUAUGUAUAGAAACCAGUCAUUAUGUCGCCUUUAUUAAACUCAAUUCCCAGAAACUGCCCCUGUGGGCUUUCUUUGACAGCAUGGCUGACAGAGAAGGAGGACAGAAUGGUUUUAACAUUCCCAGGGUGAUUCCCUGCCCAGAGGUGACCGAAUACCUGGAAAUGAGCCCCGAAGAGCUCCAGCGAGAAGACCCAAGGAUCAUGCCAGCAUAUGUCCACCGGCUACUUUGCGAUUCUUAUAUGUGCUUAUAUUACAGUCCUGACCUUAGCCUUUACAAAUAACAGAACAACAAGGUUUGAUGACUGAUUUAUUAAAGGUUUCUAGGUUGAUGCCAGUCAAAAUGUAAGAGAAACGUAGUAAAUCGGUUAUGUUUUAUGGUAAUAUAUUGUACACUGGUACUAAAUAUGUGCACUUUAGCUACCUCUAGGCAAUACUGGUACUGGUACUGGUAAUUAGCAGUGCCCAGCAGCAAUAUAUUUAUAGGUCCCCUUAUGUGCAUUUUAAAAGGGGGUUUCAGCAUCAUCAAGAAAGCCCUCUGGCAGCCUCUAAGCUGAGCAAAAACCCCUAUGGGAAAACGCCUUAUAAAGGGAUCUGUAGUGUUUUGGUUUUUUUCCAAGCAAAUAUGCAUUUUAACUUAUUCGUAAAAUA